AAAGGGCACCUGUUCUUUAAAGCUUCUUUCUGAUGGAGAUCAUGCGUAACAUAGAUUCAGACUUUUCAUAGAAACACCAAACAAUAUUAGAUUGAAAAAUGGUGCUUCAUCAAAAUGUGAAUGUUGGGCAAAGGGUAGAAGUGAAAGUUCACAACAGAAUAUACAGAGGAACAGUCAAAUAUAAAGGUGCUAUUAUUCACAAACCAGGAGAUUGGGUUGGAGUAUCAUUAGAAAAACCAGUUGAAGAUUUUAUGUUGACAGUUGGAGAUAAUGAUGGAAUGUUAAUGGGAAGAAGAUAUUUUCAGUGUAACAAUGGACAUGGAAUCUUCGUCAGAGCCAAUUGCAUCAGAUUUAUUCCUUUGACUAGAUGGACCUACAACAAAUACCACAAAGUAGCAGACAGAGCAGAGGUAGAUGAACCAUUAUUUUAUUCAUCUCCAAAAGCAGCUGAUCCAACAAUGAUAUCAGAGGACAUGGAAAGGAGGGUGAAGACAGGUGCUUCAUUUGGUGACAAUCCUUUCAGUAGAGCAAAGCGAUACCCUUUAACACAUUCAGUAGGAAAUCGUAUUCCAGCAGCAACAAUGACCAGAUCGAUGACUUCCUUGAGCUACACAACACGACCAAUACAUGCUGAAUAUGACAUUGAAGAUGAUUUUAUAUCAUACCCCUCAAUACCCAGAACUCACAUGCCGUACUCUGCACUACGGAAUCAAGUAAAACGAGGCUGGGAAGGGGCACACUAUGUAAGAGAAAUGUCUGUAGGAACAGGAAGAGACUCGAUGAAGUUUAGUCAAUGGAAUGAUGUUUCGCCAUAAUUUUAUUUUAGUUUAUAUUAUACUAUGGUGCACAGUAUUAUUUAAUUAAAAUUGGUUUUAAGUUUCUUCAACUCAGAAAUGUCAAGCCUAUGCUGCAUGCAUUUAGUAGUAAAAUUAAAUGAUAGUUUAGAUCAUGGAUAAAAUUCAAUUGAUUUAUGGAUUUGUGUAUGUGUUAUCCACAUUAAAAAGGUUAAAUUAUUAAUGUGACAAGAUUGCUCUUUUUCUAAAUCCUACCAAGCAUGCAAAAAGUAACAAUUUUAGAAAAAGUUUUAAAUAUACAAAUAUUGUUAAACCUGUGAGUUUUUCAUACACAGAAUAUCUUCUUCAAAUUAAGAAUUUACUCUUUUAUAUUCACCUGAGUCAAUUGACUAUUUGGAUUUUGAAAAAAAUAAGUAAAUAGAAUCAAAUGUACUUUAAAAUCAUGCACAGACUUGUUGACAUCUUUUGAAUUUAUGAGUCAACGUAUAUUGAUGAAUAUUAGGUUAAUUAGUCGGUUUUAAGUGCCACAAUGAUGUUGUAGGACUUGUUCUUAAAGUAUUUGCCCCCUAGUGAUUGCUGUAAUUGGGCAUUUGAAACAAUGUUAUGAAUGAUAUUCACCUGAAAACCUUUUGUUUAAAAGAUACCAUUGGCAUGUUAUAAAUUAAGGAAAAAAAUGUGUUAAAUGCAUCUCAAAAUCUGUAUGUAUAUUAUUUUGUUCUAAAUUUACUAUCCACAAAAUGUCAGCAGAGAUCAUAGGAAGUCAUUCAUAUUCUAAGUUUUAAUUUUUGGAAUGUUAUAAUUCACAAGUUAGAAACUUGUGGUUAUUCUCAUGAAUAAAUUGACUAUGUAUCAUAAAUUAAACAUUAUUUGUUUAAAGAAAAUAUUUUGCACUUUUAAAAAAACCUCCAGGGGCAAUUACUUGUCAUUCUAUAAAUUCAGGAAGUGUUUGUUAUUGUGAUUUUGUCAUUUUGGAUUACUGUAAAAUGCAAUUUUAGUUUUGCUCAAUUGAGAAAAAUCUUGUAUAAUUCAUAUGAAAAAAUUCAAAAUGCUAGUUUGAAUUAUUGUUAUUAUAAUAACCUUGUCUCAUUUUUCCAAAUAAUAAAAACAUCGCAAUGUUUUCUGAAUUUACAGUAACAUGAAAAAUAUCAACAGUGCAAUUCACUGCUAUAUCAGUAAAUAAAUAUGCAUCAAAGACAUUUAACAAAAUUUUAAUAAACAAAUCAUGAUAAAUGAUUAGCUGGACAAAAUAAAGACUUGAGGGUAAAUAGAGAAAUCCUUAAUUAAGUGCAAUUUCGAUUUUUUUUUUUUUUAAUACUGAAGAUGAAGAAUCAAAUGGUUUAAAUAGUAUAUUCAUGUUACAUUCUACUCAUCAAUUUAGCAUAAGACUAGUAUAAAGACAUAAAAUUAUUGAAACAUAAUAGUUGUCUAUAUAUACUACUAAAUUAAGAGACUAGUAUUUAUAUAAGCAAAAAAACUCAUGUUUACUUUUUUAACGAAUCGUUUAGGUGACAUUAUUCAAAGCUCACUGUUUUAUAUGAACAGUUAAAUAUCAUAUAAGGCUCACAUUUUGUACGAAAAGUUUUAGGUGACAUAAUUCAAGGCUCACAUUUUUAUAUGAAAAUUUUUAGGUGACAUUUUAUAUAGAUCACAUUUUUAUUGUAAGUAUGUUUUAUUUCAGUACAAUAUAUAUCCCAUUUAUUAUUCCUUACAAUUUAGUUAUGAUUUGUAUAUGAAUAUACACUCUACUAUAAAUUUCUGUGAUAAAAACCUUUAAUGAUAAGGUUGGAUACAUUAAGUAUUUCAUUAUUUCAUUAUUUGUUGUGGUAAACAUGCUUUGUAAAAAAUAAUUUUAAAAUGAAGAAAAAGAUACCCUUCAAUACCAAAGUUUGAAAUAUAUUGCACAAUGGGAAUUGAUUAUAUACAGAUAAAGUCAUACAUUUUUAUUUAAAUUUCAAUUUACACACAUUUGUGACAUACUAUCCUUAAACAUGUGGAACUUUGUUAUUAGAAUUAUGUUAUUUUUCAUAUGGCAUUUUCAUCAUUGUAUAUUUUUAUGGGGGAAAAGGGAGUGUAUGUCUUUCAGUUUUUGAAAUAACUGAGUUUGCAAUAUUUGUUUUAUGUACUAAGGUGGCAGAAAUAAGAUAAAACAAUUGCUGUGAUAAUUUGUUUUUGAUUUUUAUUGUUCAGUUUACUUUUCCAAUAUUGUCAAGUACUGUUUUUAAUUGUUGAAGUUUUCUGUAGUUUUUUUUUGGUCUUUUUGACAAUGAAUUUUAAUUUGGAAUUUUUUACCAAAUUUUUAAUUAUAUUAACUACUAUAAAUGAUUUAUUGAUGAAUUACACAUUUUGUAAAGAUAUUUUCAUGUGUGUUUUACAUGUUAUCUUGUAAAUUAUAUACCCUGAUUAGUAUAAGAUAAGUGUUUACCAUCACAACCUCCACAACGAUUUUUUGUUCUACCUAAAACAUAUCAAAGAUUAUCUCCUGAAAUCAAUUGAUGAAAUGCUUUUUUGUUAACAUAAUUCAAGAUGGGCACCAGUUACAUAAAGAAACAAAAAGAAAAAAGAAACAAGAAAGACUUUUAUCAGUGGCAGGAAAACUCUCACAAAAAUGGAAAUAGUGAUUAGUAAUUCAAAAGAUGGGGUAUAUGAUUAUAAAAGCAUGUUUUAUAUCCCCACUUUCUGAGUUGGUUGUAAACUAGAAUGACCUGGUCAGUGUGUAUGUUUGUCGGACCCUGUAAUAAUCUUAACAAUUGUUUCAGCUUCAGUGUUAAGGAAUGAUUUAAUAAUAAGUCAAAAACUUCCUGUUCUAUGAUACUUUGUUUUUAUAUAAGACCCAUUAAGGAAAGAAUGUUUGUCCAUGUCUUAAUUAGAAACUACAUAGUAUUAUUAUUUGCAUGACACACUUUUUUCACACUUUUAUUCAUGAUAACAGAAUUAGAAAACAUUUACUAAAUAUUUAUGAGCAUUAGAACUAUUUUUAUAGAAAUGUUUUAUUUUACACAUAUCUAGUAUUUUAGAACACCUGCUUCAAUUAUUUAUUUUUAGGAAAUAGUUUACAUUGUUACUGUAGUCAUUGUUAUAUUCUACUGAUGUUAUUUAUUUGUUUAUAAUAUUGCAUGUUUUAAUGUUC